AUGGCGAUUGAUAGGUUUGUUGUGAUCUGCUACCCUUUCGACUAUGAGAUGAAAGUCUCCAAUGACCGCGUCCAUAAGUUCAUAGUAAUCUGCUGGGCUUUUGCCAUUGUUUAUCCCAUGUUUUAUAUUUUCCCCUUCGUGGGUCAUAAGCCCUGCUAUCUUAUUACUUCUAGCAGCUUUCUGUGCACAGGGGCUGCCUUGGAGGCUAGCCCAUGUACUGUGUCUAUCUCGGUCUUUCCCAGAUACUACAGGCUUUUCAUGAUUGCUAUACACUUAGCAGGUGGCCAAAUAAUUGUUGCUGUCUCUUACAUGAAAAUUCUGAAGGAGUCCCGCAGUGCUCGUCUCACUGAAGCAUCAAGGAAGGCAAUGUACACUGUUGUCACACAUGGCAUUGUGCUGUCAAUUUUCUUUGGGAAUGCCUAUUUGUUGUUUGUGACUGGCAGCUUGGAAAUAAAGGACCCGGAGAAGAAUACUGUCCUCACAGGUAUCCGUCUCUCAGCCGAUCUGCUGUAUUUGAACAUUCCUCCAACCCUAAACCCGAUCAUUUAUGGCCUGAGGAAUGAGGAAAUGAGAAAGGAGAUUUUCAAAAUGCUGAAGAGGAAGCCCAAGAUCAAGCCUGCUGGAUCAUGA